AUGGCCGCCGACUACGAACCUCCUUCUUUCUCUCUCGGAUUCGAUUUCGGGUUCGAUUCGGAGCUCCAAACAGCCCCUCCGCCCGAGUCCCCGGUUGAAGCUAAAGUAGACGAAGAGAUCGAGCCGCAGAUCGAGCCGCCGAAGCGUGGGCUGAAGCGUGGGCUGCCGGAGAAGCGGGAGCUCCCGACGACGCCGUUUUGGAGCAUUGAAGAUGACAUCGAAGACUUCUCUUCUCCCGAGGAGACUGUUCAAGAUGUGCAUCGGUCAACACAAUACCAAACAUCCUGUAGUAGUUCUAAAGUCUCAUUACGUGGAAAUGGGGUUUUAACAUCUCAGUCAUCCUACCAUGGCAUUGGAAAGAAAAAGAAUCACAUUUCAGAUGUCCCAGCUUCUGUGAGUUUGGAGGCAAGCCGCAAAGAAUUUGUUUUUCCAAAGUUGACUACCAGUCCGCUUCGUAGGUUUCAGUUAAUUGAUUCUGAUUCUGAUGAUCCUUCUGUUAGUCAUAGUGUCAGUAGGAUUAAUUAUAAGCUUGAUUCAUCUUCAAAGAAGCAACACAGUAACCCAGGCCAUUCUGCAUCUACUAGUGGAACAAACAAAAACGCAUCUACAAGUAUGCCUGAAGAUGUUGAUUUCUGGAAAAGCUUUAGUCCGAUCAAGAAGUUCAAUAUUCCAACACCUACUUUAGAUGAGGCAUGUCAAGAAUACUUCCAAUCUGCAAAGGAUAGAACUAGUCACACAAACAAGAAUUUUCAUAAAACGACAUCUAGUGGCCAAGAUGUUGAACAAUUCUGGAAUGUGGCUGAUCCCCUUCCACCUGCCCACCAUUACUUUUUCCACAGUGAUCCACAGAUUCGAAAUUUAGUCUGCAGUCGGUUGCAAAACUUUUUCCCCUUGGGUGCUGUUAAUGUCAGUGGAAAUCAACAAAAUGGUGCAUCAGUUAUUGAUUACAUGGGUCAAUUUAGCACUGGAGAAGCUUCAAAACAGACAGUGAAUCAGAGACAAAAUAUGUCAAAGAUAUCAAAUGUUGAAGAUGUCUUGCAUGGUUCUAAUAGCUGGGUGAACCCAAAAGGUAAAGCAACACAGAAAGGUAGUGUCAAGAAGAGUACAAAUAAGGGGAGAAAUAAGUCCAAAAAACGGAUUCAAGAAAAUGUACAAUCUUCGGGUGAAUGGCGCACACCUGAAAGUGGCCAAGCUAGUCGACAAUCAGGUGGUCGUUGGUAUACAUCUGGUGGAAGGAAGGUUUAUGUCAGUAAAUCUGGGCAGAAUUUAUCAGGUCCAACAGCCUGGAAUCUGUAUUCAAAGGAAAGUGGCAAAGGGCCUGCGAAGGCCAGAAAAGGGAAAGCCAGAAAAUAAAACAGUUAGAGUUCAUGCCAUAGACCCAAAAUUUUUCUGUAACAAAAAAAAUGUUUUUUAUUUUUUAUUUUUAUAAUUCCUGUUGUAUGAACAUAACAUCAUCGAUUUGAUUUAGAUAAAGCCUUCCUAUUCCAACUUUUAAGACUGUUUGGCCAAGAUGAUAUCAGGAUAUAUA